UAGCUUUGUCUCUUUCUGUCGCUCUGUAGUUCCGAGUGCAUUCAUCAGACGCGACACACACGAAGGAGUUGCCUUGGUUGGAGUGAUUCGAUUUGCGGCAGAAAAACUAACGGGAGCCGGAAAAUUGUUGAAAUUUCAAUUAAUUCGACAAAUUGCUUGUGAGAGCGCUAGCCAAUAUCGACAUCAGUUAUGGAGCAAGUGCUGCAGAAUUCCCUCAUAACGGCAGCAGUCCAGCUGGAGAAACAGCUCGACGGUGAGCUGGCCCGUCUCGAUAGUCUUGGAGGGGAGGAUCUCGAAAAACUACGCGAGCAACGGAUUCGGGAAAUGAAGAAACAGGCGACACAGCGGCAGGAGUGGAAAAAUAACGGUCACGGUGAGUACACCGAACUGGCAGACGAAAAGGAGUUCUUCGAGGUAAGCAAAAAAUCCGCUAACAUCGUGUGCCACUUCUACCGUGACUCGACACCACGCUGCCGGAUCGUCGAUAUGCACCUGAAAAUACUCGCCUCCAAGCACAUGGAGGCCAAAUUCUGCAAAGUGAACGCAGAAAAGUGUCCCUUCCUGACGCAACGACUGAGGAUUAAGGUGAUCCCUAGCAUAGCACUGAUUAAGGACAGCAAAACAAAGGACUACAUCGUCGGGUUCACCGAUCUGGGGAACUGUGACGAUUUCAGCACAGAGAUGCUCGAGUGGCGAAUUGCACAGUCCGGGGCGAUUGAAUACAGCGGUGACCUGCUGACACCUCCGGACGAUAAGAAAAAGAAGAAGUCUUCCGCCUACAACUCGAAAAAAGCCAUUCGCGGUGGGUACGACUCGGAUGAUUCAGAUAUUGACUUCGACGAUUGAAAGGCGCAAAUCGCGUUGGGAAACGAAGGGAGCGCUUCCCUCAUGUUACAAAUGGUUGCUCUUGUAGCGAACAGAGAGAAAGAACACAACACAUUGCUCGUAUAUUUCGAGACCGAGAUAGAUGAACCUGUAGUAUUUAACGUAUUUCGUAGAGCUUAAGGACCUCAUUCGCCACAGACUCGCAUAGCGGAUGCAUGUUUUUGAACACGUCGCAUAUUAUAUCCUUAAUCUUUUACCUAGCAACACCUGAAUGAGAUGCUUGUUGUGUUGAGUUCGAGUUUUGAUCCUACUUAUUUCGUACUAACUUGCAUCUUUUGAAAAUUGUACCUUGUGCUUGUUUCUUCGAUAAAUUAUCUGUUCUUGUUUGUACUUUGAAGAGACCCAGUUCUGUUUGUCGUUUUGUCUGAUAUUAAAUGAACUGUUUGACUUGACGGACAUUUUAACGUUCUCACUACUCCCAAAAUAUGUGUUGCAAAUGGUCGUAUAAUAAAUAAUACCUGCAGCAUGGACAGGUUUAACAAACGCACCGUAAUAUUACAGAUCAUUAAGUUUGCUACGAAUAACUCAAAUAACAUAACUAAUGGGGAUUAGCUAGUGAGUAGUAAUGACAAGUUGACCAUUGUUCCCGAAGGAAAUGUCGCAGAUCUUCAAGAGCUUCAAUGAUUAGAUAUAUAGAGAAAAUUUUAUGAGCAUAAGAAGCUAAACUAUUAGCGAAUAUCAACAAACUUAUAUGCGCAUGCCGUUUUUGGUUUAAAACAAACUUUGCAGUGAUGAAGAUAACGAAUUAAAAAAAAUAUGAAACGCAGAGAUGAUAUUUUUCAGCUAUUGAUAAAUAAUUUUACAAAGGAAAAACUCGAAUUUGAAUAAAAAAUAUUUAAGUUUUCUAUUACUUA